AGGUCAGAGACUGCAGACAGGAUACAGGAGACUGUCAGAGACUGUGGACAUAUUACAGGAGAUGGUCAGAGACUGAGGACAGGAUACAAGAGAUGGUCAGAGACUGAGGACAUACUAGAGGAGAUGGUCAGAGACUGCAGACAGGAUACAGGAGACAGUUAGAGACUGAAGACAGGAUACAGGUGAAGGUUAGAGACUGAGGACAGGAUACAGGAUAUGGUCAGAGACUGUGGACAUACUACAGGAGAUGGUCAGAGACUGCAGACAUAGUACAGGAGACGUUCAGAGACUGUGGACAGGACACAGGAGACGGUCAGAAACUGUGGACCAGCCAGAG